AUGAUUUUAAGAAAAAUUUCAAAAAGGAUUUUUACCUCAAUUUAUUCGCCCCCAAGAGACCCAAAAUUUUCAAAUUUGCUUAAUUCAGACAUGUCCUUCUUCGAAUCUAUACUACCCCCUCAUCAAAUCGUCAAAGACAAUCUUGAAGGCUUCAAUACAGAUUUUAUAGGUGUAUUUAUAGGGAAAUCUUCGCUAGUUUUAAAGCCGAAUACAGUAAACCAAGUCCAAGAUAUAAUCACUUAUUGUGCCAAACGAAAACUAGCUAUAUGCCCUCAAGGAGGAAAUACAGGUCUUGUAGGUGGAAGUGUCCCAGUCCAUGACGAAAUUGUUCUGAGUUUAUCCAAUAUGAAUAAACUAGUUGAAAUCAAUGAAUCAGAAGGAACUGUACUAUGUGAAGCUGGAGUCAUUCUAGAGCAGCUCAAUUCUCAAUGCGAAGAAAAAGGAUAUAUUUUCCCUAUCGAUUUAGGAGCAAAAGGAUCAUGCUUUGUCGGAGGAAAUGCUUCUACCUGUGCAGCAGGCAACAGAUUAUUAAGAUAUGGCUCCCUUCAUGCUAACAUUCUUGGCUUAGAAAUUGUGACAGGAAAAGGAGAAAUCUUAGACAAUCUCAGCUCCUUUAGAAAAGACAAUACUGGAUAUGACCUUAAGCACAUCUUUAUAGGCUCUGAAGGAACCUUAGGAGUCAUAACCAAGCUUCUUAUAAAUCUCCCUCCAAAGCCUAAAUCAGAGCAGCUUGUUUACUUAGGUGUGAAUUCUUUUGAAAAUGUCUUAAAAAUCCUUAAAAAAAGCAAAGAAAUUUUAGGUGAAAUUAUUUCUGCAUUUGAAUUCCAAGACAGAUUUUCUGUAGAAGCUUCAAUCCAACAUAUUCAAGGAGUUCAUGACCCAUUUGACGCUCCUUAUCCUUUUUAUGUUUUGAUUGAGACAAGAGGGUCUAAUGCUGAACAUGACUCAGCGAAAAUGGAUUUAUUAUUAGAGUCUAUAAUUGGCAAUGAGGCGGAAAACGGAAUCCUUCCUCAAGAUAAAAGACAGUCUAAUGACUUAUGAAAGCUAAGAGAAGUCAUCAUGGAAGCUGUUGCUAAGCCAGGGUAUUGCUUUAUGUAUGAUAUUAGUUUAAAGCACGAAAAUUACUAUGAUAUUGUAGAAAAGGUAAGAAACUUAAUAGGAGAAAAAGCCUUAACUGUAGGAUGGGGACAUGUAGGUGAUGGGAAUUUGCAUUUAAGCAUCACCGUGCCUGAUCGGCAUGAUGUGGAGGAUAUCCAUGGAAAAUUAGAAAAUUUCUUAUUUUCCUAUCUAAAAGAGUGCCAUGGGAGUAUUAGUGCGGAGCAUGGAAUUGGCUUGCAAAAGCGCAAUAAACUGUCUAUAUCACGCUCCCCAGCAGAAAUCCAGUUCAUGAGACGCAUAAAAAAUGCAUUUGACCCAGAAGGCAUUAUGAAUCCAUAUAAACUCUUCCCAGAUAAUUAA